CCCUUUAUUCUUUAACGUUGUGUAAUUGUUCCAUUCCGGAUAGGGCGUAAUAUUGUUAAACAGCUAGGUCAAUUUAAGACAGACAGAGAACAAUGUACUUAAAUUAAUAACAUGGGGACAACGUAUUUCUUUUCUUUUACUUAUUUGGUUUUACUUUUAGUUCAGGGAUAUGAUUGUUAUUCACUGUCUGAAGGAUCCUCAACGACCAGAGGUUGCUCUUCGAGUCAAUACAUCGCCUUCUCGGGGACUUGGUCUUGUGGUUCCUGUUCUGGUAGCGCGUCUGUGACCUCCAGAAUGAACUCUCAGUGUGGGUACGGCUCCUCCUGUACGAUACAAGCCAACAACGCCUGGCUUGGUGGAGACCCGUGUAAAGGGUGUGAUAAAACACUGAUAUAUUCCUACAGCUGCUCAUUUAAAAAUAUCUUUACAAGUUCUACGAUUGAUAGACCCUGUCAGCGAAUGCAGAUUAAGUUGAAUGCUGACUUGCUAUCUGGGGAAAUUGGCAGUCAUGGUCAUCAUGUCCAUCUGAUUGCAUUUCACAAAACUUACAGAGGACCAGACAGUGUCAAAGGCCUACAGGGAGCUGCUGGGGGACUACUCCUUCACAAACCAUACCUUGCCUCCUGGACGGCUGCACAU